AUGACCCGGCCCUUGAUUGUCCGAGCGGACACAAUUGACCUGCAACACCAUCACGCCCCCUCGACCCAGGACCAUCCCGCAGACCGCGCCCACAGACCGUCCCGAAACCCCUUCUCCAGCCCGCCCGUGCUGCUCGCUCCGCACCAGGCAGAGACCCUUCGCGACGUCGCCCACGAGACCUCCCGAGACCACGCGCGCAGUCCCUGGGCUGCAACCGACACCGACAACGGCCGACCAACCUCUACAAGCACCGCCGACGGCAUGGACGUGUACCAGCAGCACCAGCACCAGCAGGACUCGCUGGCCGCCGCCCAUAAUGGCAACGCGGCCGACGACGACGACAUCGAGGACGAUGGCGACCUGGAUGACGACAUGAUGGAUCGCAUCUCGAGUUCGCCUUCCAUCGAAGAUGGUGCGUGCAGCUCCGCCGUCACUCCCGUGGCCUGGCCGCGGCGAGUGUCUUCCCUGUCCUCCAUCCCGCGGACCCCCUGGACGUCACUGCACCUGCACGCGAGCCCUCACUCCCCUUCUCCCACUCCAGCUCCCAGCACGCCAGACACAGAUUUUUUGCACCAGAUUCGCAUUGCCCAAGAUCAUCAUCAUCUUCUUGCGGGUGAGUAUGUCGAUUGUAGCGACAUCGAUGACGAGAACCGCGACACCGACCCCGGCGAAGACGAGACGGAACGGCGCAAUCUCGCGGUAGACGAAGUUGACGGCGCGUUCAUACAAGAUCCAGCUAGUCACCGUGUGGGCACUGUCGAUGACGAGACGCACGAGGCGGAAUGCGACUGCGACUACGACUGCGACCGCGGCUGCGAUAACAGCCAGGACCUUUGCGCGCACCAGAAUGAAGCCGACCCCGACCCCGACCCCGACUCCGACGCCGAUCUGCCGCUCACGAUACCCUACAACAAGUCCUUUGAAGAAGAUGAUGACUCCGACUUCUCCCUCCCUGACGACCCACGCUUCAUUGACUAUGGUUGGGCAGCAGAGUGCUUACAUGAACCAGAGGACAUUGAUUUCGAAUUCGUCUACGCCCUCCACACCUUCGUAGCUACCGUCGAGGGCCAAGCCAAUGCGACUAAGGGUGACACCAUGGUUCUGCUGGAUGAUAGCAACAGCUACUGGUGGCUGGUCAGAGUAGUCAAGGAUAGCAGCAUUGGCUACCUGCCGGCCGAGCACAUUGAAACGCCGACCGAGAGGCUCGCUCGUCUGAACAAGCACAGGAACAUUGAUCUCUCCGCCUCCAUGUUGACCGAUCAACAGCAGCCGCCCAAGCAAAAGAGCGGCUUCUCCAUUGGCAUCAAGAAAAAGGCCACGGUCGCUUUCGCAGACCCCACCUAUUUCGACUACUCUGACCACGACUACUCCUCGGAAGAGGAAGAUGCCGAUGAGGCCUCGGAGGCUACCCAGCAGAAGAAGCAGGCGACGCCAGCAGACGACGAGGAUACGACAGAUGAGAGUGCCCGCGUGGAGCCGCUAAAGACCAACAAGUCCAAAACCGCGGCCAAACCGGCGGACAAGACCCAGGACGACUCGUCAGACGACGAGGACCUGCGAGGCAGCCUCGACAUUGUGGAGAAGCGGGACGGCCCCAGCAUAUCUCGCAACGGUAACAUUAGGAACACCGACUCUUUCUUCAAGGACGAAACAGCGGAAACCAAGAAGAUUACCCUUACGCCGAACCUGCUGCGGGACGACGGCCCUCGGGAGUCCACCGACUCCAUGUCUUCUGGCAAGCCCCGGACGAGCCUGGAUAGGUUCGAAAAGGAGCUCAUGUCGGACAAGGACAGGAAGAAGAGCAAAGAAAAGGACAAGGGCGGCAAGGACAAGAAGCCCGGCGGUCUGCGAGGCUUCUUCUCCAGAAAGGACAAGAAGCAGUCGCCCGACGACAGGCCCGAGGGUGAAUCCCGCGACAGCGAGGAGCGCCACUCAGAGGAGCAGCAUUCGUCUCCCGAAAAGGCGGCCAGGCAGCCCGCCAAGCUGCACAAGCAGCAAGCCCGCCUCGAGCCCACCGUUAACAACAAGGCGCCGCAGGCUUCAACCGUGGAGCUUGCUUCUUACCUGGCCGAAAGCCGCAUCAACGACGUCUCCAACGUUCCUCCGCCCUCGAUGCGCAUCGUCAACCCCGAGACCAACGAGACGCAAGAGGUCCCCUCACACCAGCCGCCUCGUGGACGCCCGUCUUUGGAAAAAGAGGCGCCGUCUCCCACCACCCGCCGCGGAGCAGAGGUGGCCACCAGCCCGCGAUCUGCCACCGCACCUCGCGCGCUCAACCACCUGGAUCUGUCCGAUUCGGACGAGUCAGACGAUGGCGACGCCAUUCUCGACCAGAUGCCCCAGCCCAAUUCAUCUACGCCCAUCAAGGCCACCAAAGCGCCGCAAGACGACGAGGUGGAGGAGCCCAUCAUUCCGGGCUCUUUCCCCGAGAGCAACGCAUCCGCUGCUGCUGAUAAGACUCCCGUUCCACAGCCUGCUCCACUCAAACCCGGCGCUCGCUCGCACUCCGUGUCUCCCGUGUCUCCGGUUGCCUCGUCGGAACCUCCUGCUCUUAUGGUGGAUACUUCGUCCCCAGACGACCGGUCACCUUCCGCAUCGCCCUCUCCCGAGCUUACCCAGUCUGCCGAGGAUAGAUCCAAGAGCAGCUCCUCGUCCACAGGCAGCAAGGAGCAGACCUGGGACGACAUGAAGCUGCGUGCCUUCUUCGACGAGCCCGACCACAUCCGCGAUCUCUUGGUCGUUGUGUACGACAAGACCGACGUGGUGCCCGCGAGCAGCGACCACCCGGUUGUGGGUGGCUUGUUUCGGGAACAGAAUGCCAAGUUGGCAGAGAUAACGACGCAACUUGACAACAUGCUCGGGGAUUGGCUGGCCAGGAAACAGCGAACUCGAGGAGGGUCCCGUUGA